UUUUGUUGUUUAGUUCAUUCGCGGCCGUGGCCCUUGACAGUUGUCUAUUUUCUCGUUUUUGCCGUCACACAGCGUUACGUUGCGUUCUUUCGCGCCUUUCGUUCGUGAUUUCAUUGAGUGUUUGAAACAUCGCGGCAUUACAAAAGAAGUUUCGACAUAAAAGUUCGUGUUGUGCGUUUCGAACACCGGAGAACACAGCUAAUUUGUUUAAUUAUUCCGUCGAAUAAUUACUCAAAAAUUUAAAUUUUGAAUACCCUCAAACCAAACACACGAAACUCCGAACCAAAGAAUCAUGGGUUGUGCAACCAGAACCAUCAAAUGUGUCCUGCUAAUAUUCAACACGCUAUGGGCCAUCUUUGGCGUAUUAUUGCUGUUGUUAGCAGGAUUCGGUUGGGAUGCGAUGCCACAAAAUUAUGGCAUCGGCAUUAUUGCACUGGGGUGUGUAAUUUUGUUGACCUCUCUCUUUGGAUGCUUUGGAUCGAUUCGGGAAUCGGCUCGCAGUUUGUGGACGUAUGCCGUAAUGCUGCUUAUCAUUCUGGUCCUAACAGUUGUGUUCAUCUGUUUGAAUACAAGAGAUGUCUUCAAGAACUAUGCCAUUCAAGAGGUUAAUCAGCUGUGGGAACAGGAAUUGAUCCAUCCCGGUGCCAUGGACCAAAAACAACUUGUGUAUGAAUGCUGUGGCAAAAAUGGACCCGACGACUAUUUGCUUGCCGGUCGUAUCACACCAUCAAGUUGUUGCAAGGACAGUAACUGUAUCAACCCAUUGAACAUCCACAUCAAUGGUUGUUUGUCGAAAAUCGAAGAAGCCUUCUCCAAUGAAGCGUUGACAUCUCAAAUUUCGGAAUGGGUAUUACUGGGUCUGAAUGCUGUUGUUCUACUCAUGUCCAUUAUGUUGGCCAUUCACUACACCAACCAAAGGCGGCGUUUCAAUUACUAAUUGUUGGUCGAGAACAGUUUUGCUGUUAAAAGUGGGAAAAAAUUGACGAAGAGAACUCACCACUACCUCCAAGCUAAAUAAUUGAAGUCACGUGUACCUUUAAAAUACUGAUUACAAAUUCUUUAAGAUAGACAAAACACAUUUUUGUAUUUGUUAUAAUGUAGGAUAUUUUUAACAUACAACUUAACAUAUUUUUUUAUUAAUUCGAUUUUACAUAAAUAUACAAUAUAUGUAUUGUUUUUAAACUAUAUACAUACAAAGAUUCGAAUAAAAUAUUUAAGAGAUGAUCAUGUUUACAACUAAAA